AUGCCGAAGUCGCUGGCCGAGGUCAACUCCAUCCCGCGCAACAGCUGCCGGUUCGCUGCCUGCGUGGCCGAGGACGUCGGCGGCUUCGGUGUGGGCUCCGUGUCCGGGAACGUGGUGCGGGACAUGAUCUGCUCGGCGUCCGCGUCGGAGGGCCGGCUGGAGCUGGCCGCCGGCAGCAGCGGCGCGGCGUGCGCGCGGAUGAACCUGGUGGUGGCCACCGAGCUGUCGCCCAAUCCCUUCGGGGUCUUCCCCUUCGACGGCAUCAUCGGGCUGGGGCUGCCGCCUUUGUCGCUCACGCCGGAGUUCGGCUUCUUCCAGGCCAUGCGCAGAGCGGGCGUCCUGAGGGAGAACAAGUUCUCUGUCUGGUUGGCCGAGGGGGGUGACGGCAGCGAGAUCGCUCUGGGCGGCAUGAACCAGGAGCAGCUGGCAUCACCGGUUCAGUGGAGUCCAGUAGUGCUACCCCAGCAGGGCCAUUGGCAGAUUGAGAUGUUGGGCUUCCACGUCGGGAACAUCACCCUGGACAUCUGCCGCCAGGGCGGCUGCCGCGGAGUCGUGGACUCGGGCACCUCCCACAUCGCGAUCCCCAGCCCGCACGAGUCGGACGUGGUGGACCUCCUGACCCUCGAUCCGGAGGCGGUCGCCGCCGGCGACAUCUCAGGCGUGCGCCGCAGGUGUCGCGCACGCGAGCUGCUUGGUCUGGCGCCGGGUGCCGCUCGCAGUGGGGAGCCGCAGACCUGCAGAGCUGCCGCGCUGGGCUUCCCCAGCGACUCCACGGAGGCCUCUGGAGCGCCCCGCUCGCCAGACUGCCGGCACCUGGACAACUACCCUACCAUAAUCAUCGAGCUGCGUGAUUUCAACCUCACGCUGUACCCGGAGGACGGGGCAGACAAGAUCGGCACGUCCAGCGCAGCUCGUGGGCGCUCGCUUGGUGAGAGCGCCGCGGGGGCGGCCGGCCCCGCCGACGGGGCCCCAGAGGCAGAAGGGAUCGACCUCCCGUCGCCCCGCCCCGCGGCCGUCCGCCGCCCCCGCGCCACCAUGCGCCGCAGCUGGCGCCCCGCGCCUCUCAACCAGACGGCCCUGAUGGUGCCGCGCGUGCCGGGCUCCGUGGCCGAUACGCCCGCCGGCGCCCACACCACGCCGAUGACCUCAUCGAGGGGCACGCUGCAGGAGCUGAGCAGCUUCGGCGAGGCCUCCGAGGCCGACGGGGACUGCCGGUCGGGAUGCGGGACGCUCGGGUGGGCCGCACGCUUACAUGACGGCUGCUCGUGGCCACGGCAUCUCAAAAAUCUUUCGAGCUCAGCGGCUCUCCCAGAGAUGCUGCUCGUGGAGACGCCCGACUACUCGGAGGCGGAGUCGCAGAUCCUGUCGCCGCUCGACAGCAUGAUGCAGAAGGCGAAGCGCUGGCACGCGUUCACGCGGGGCGUUGACUCCCUCUACGCGGCAUGA